ACCUGGAAACAAAAAGUAAAAACUAAAAAACCAAAAAACAAAAUUGAAAGAUUUUUUUUAUUUAUUAAAAAAAAUAUAUAAAUCAAAUUUUGGGUGUUGGGGUUCUUUCUCAAUCCUAUUAAACUUACAUCUCAUCAAUUCGCACAUGUUUGACAUAAUCACACCCAUUCAUUUAAAUACUCCAAAACAAAACAAAAAAAAUUAAUAAAAUUCAAAAGCAAAAACAAAAACAAAAAUUAAUAAUUAUAAUUAUGAAAGUUGGAAUUAGAAGAGCGAGGAGGGACUGUUGGAUUUUUUAUGUCUUGAAAUUCUUUUAUUCAAGGAAAAUAAGAUUAUUAUUAAUAUUAUUAUUAUUCUUUUUCGUACCAAUCUCAUCAGAAAAACUCGAACUUUUCUUUUUUGGUUGGGUUGGCAUUUAUUGUUUUAGUUUAAUUAGUUUAUUGAAUGUUGUUAAAAAUUGGUACUUUUAUUCGUUGAUAAUUUUAUGAUGAUAAUUCUAAGCCUCACCCUUUUUGUUCCUUGACUAUUACGGUGUUUUUGGGUUAAAAGAAAAGAAAAGAAAACAACAAAUCAGAUUCCUUUCUCUUUUUCUUCUUCCCCAAACCCUAGUUCUUUCGUCUCUCAGAUCUUGAUCGUCUUCUCCAAUGGAGGCUGCCUCAGAAGAAGAAAACCAGAUUAAGAAUGAUCAUAAUGUUAAUAACAAGAUCAAUAGCUCUAAUGAAGGACAGAGCAAACCUAAGCGUCAGAUGAAGACUCCUUUUCAGCUUGAAACCCUAGAAAAGGCUUAUGCUUUGGAGGCUUACCCGUCGGAGACGAUCAGAGCCGAGCUUUCGAAGAAAUUAGCCCUUACUGAUCGGCAAUUACAGAUGUGGUUUUGUCACAGAAGGUUGAAGGACAAAAAGGAUGGAGGACCCGCUAAAAAACAGAAGAAGAUGGUGGUAGCAGCUAUGCCGGAAUCUCCUCCUAUUGAUGAGUUGAGAGUCGGAGCCGAACUGGGUAGUGAUUAUGGGUCGGGUUCGGGCUCCGGGUCCAGCCCAUUUGGUCCUUCUGCUGAGUUAAGGAAUGUGGCCUCGAGGAGCUUGGGUGAUGACAUGCCUCCAAUAGGAAGGAGGUACUAUGAGCCGAGACAGUCUAAGAUGGAGCUUAGAGCUAUUGCUAUUGUGGAGGAACAAGUGGGUGAGCCAUUGAGGGAAGAUGGCCCGAUUCUUGGGAUAGAGUUUGAUUCAUUGCCGCCGGAUGCAUUUGGUGCACCUAUAGUUGCUGAGCAUAAGCGGUCUGGUCAUAGAUACGAGGGAAAAUCAUAUGCCAAAUCAAAUAAAGCUACUCCAAGAGCUGUCCACGAAUAUGCUUUUCUUCCUGAUCCAAGCAGUGGCCAUAAUGAUGCCUAUGGACAAGUUUCCCAAUCUCAUAUUCAUAAUUCGGGAAAUGAACAGCUACCCAGGUCUCAAGGUCAUGGUUCUCGUGUUCGCCAUUCAUCUGGACCAGACAAACAAAUAAUUCCCUUCCCUUCACCAUCUGUUGAUGAUACCAGUCUGCCAAAGGAUUCUUUCACAAAUAUUAGAGUGAAUCCUCAUAUCAGUGAUAACCCAAUUAUUUCACCAGAAAAUAAUUAUAUGUUACCUGAUGGACAAAUUUGUCCUAAUGAAGCUGUUUUAAGGUUGGAGAGAAAACGCAAGUUGGAAGAAGCUAGAAUUACAAAAGAAGCUGAAAUUCAGGAGAUUCGGAUGAGAAAAGAGCUUGAGAAACAAGAAAAUCUAAGGAGAAAGCAUGAGGAACGAUUGAGGAAAGAAAUGGAAAGGCAAAAUCGUGAAAGGCGGAAGGAGGAAGAGAGGUUGAUGCGUGAGAAGCAGCGCGAGGAGGAGAGAUCAAAACGUGAACAAAAGCGUGAAAUGGAACGAAGAGAAAAGUUUUUGCAAAAAGAGUGUUUGAGAUUGGAGAAGAAGAGGCAGAGAGAAGAGCUUCGCAAAGAGAAAGAGGCAGUGAGACGCAAAGCUGCCCUUGAGAAAGCUACUGCACGUAGAAUUGCUAGAGAGUCAAUGGAGCUGAUUGAGGAUGAACAACUUGAGUUGAUGGAGAUAGCAGCUGCACAAAAGGGGUUACCCUCCAUAGUCUCUCUUGAUCAUGACACUUUGCAAAGUCUUGAAUCACUCAGAGAUUUUUUGGUUGCUUUCCCACCCAAGUCUGUGCAGUUGAAAAGACCAUUUGCAAUUCAGCCAUGGACCAAUUCAGAGAAGAAUAUUGGCAACCUUCUAAUGGUUUGGAGAUUUUUAAUUACUUUUGCCGAUGUUCUUGGGUUAUGGCCUUUUACUAUUGACGAGUUUGUUCAAUCUUUUCAUGACUAUGAUUCAAGGUUAUUAGGUGAGAUUCAUGUUUCUCUCUUGAAGCUGAUAAUAAAAGAUAUUGAAGAUGUUGCUAGGACACCUUCUAGUGGAUUAGGAAUGAGCCAAAAUGGAGCAGCUAAUCCUGGUGGUGGACAUCCAGAGAUUGUUGAAGGGGCGUACACAUGGGGCUUUGAUAUACGUAACUGGCAGCGGCACUUAAAUCCGUUAACAUGGCCUGAGAUAUUCCGGCAAUUAGCACUUUCUGCAGGCUUUGGGCCACAGUUGAAGAAGAGGAGUAUAGCAUGGUCAUACUUGCCUGAUAAUGAUGAGGGAAAAAGUUGUGCAGAUGUAAUUUCUACUAUUCGUAGUGGUUCAGCUGCUGAAAAUGCAUUUGCCCUCAUGCAAGAAAAAGGUUUAUUACUUCCACGAAGAUCUAGACAUCGAUUGACUCCUGGAACUGUCAAGUUUGCAGCUUUUCAUGUUCUUUCACUUGAGGGAAGCAAGGGUUUGACAGUGCUGGAGCUAGCAGAAAAAAUUCAGAAAUCUGGGCUUAGGGACCUGACAACAAGCAAAACUCCAGAGGCAUCAAUUUCAGUUGCUUUGACAAGGGAUGCGAAGCUUUUUGAGAGAAUAGCACCUUCAACAUAUCGUGUUCGAGCUGCUUACAGAAAAGACCCUGCUGAUGCUGAAGCUAUACUUUCAGCUGCUCGAAAGAAAGUACAAGUAUUUGAAAAUGGGUUUUUGGCCGUCGAAGAUGUAGAUGAGGUUGAAAGGGAUGAAGACUCUGAAUGUGAAGAUGUUGAUGAGGAUCCUGAAGUUGAUGAUUUAGCUACUCCAUCUAGUGUAAACAUAAUAACUGAAGAUUACAAAGAAUUAAAUACUUGCUCCGGAAGUGGAAAAGAUAAUUUAUGCAAUGAUGUUGCUCUAGUUCCGCAAACUGAGUUUGAUAAGGAUUCUUUAUCUGUACCUUUGAGUGGUUCCCAGGAUGCAAAAUGUCUAAGUGCCACGCCUGUGUGUUUUGUUGGUAGUGAAGAUGUAAGAGGCAGUGCCCCCGAUGAAGAAAAUAUUGAAAUUGAUGAAAGCAAUUCGGGUGAAUCUUGGAUUCAUGGUCUCACAGAAGGUGAAUACUCUGAUCUCAGUGUGGAGGAGCGUCUUGAUGCUAUUGUUACACUAAUCGGUAUUGCAAAUGAAGGAAACUCGAUCCGGCUUGUUCUCGAGGAUCGCUUGGAGGCAGCUAAUGCUCUCAAAAAGCAAAUGUGGGCAGAAGCACAUGUUGACAAAGGUCGCCUGAAAGAAGAGAAUGUAAUUAAAGUAGAUUUCUCAUCUCAAGUGGGAGGCAAGGCUGAAAUGCACCUUGCAAGGUCUGCUGCAGAUGGCAGUCAAAGUCCAUUACCUGAUAUUGAUAAUAGAAAUACUGAUAUGUCCCUCAGUGUUGCAGAAAAUCAAAGAUCAGUUUAUGAUUUGAAUAGUUUACAGACUGACCUCAACACUUUGCCUGCUGACAAAGCCUCAGUAGCUCAUGAAUUUUCCACUGGUCCUGACAACUUUCUAACUCAGCAGCUGGCAUUUGCAUCUAAAAGAUCACGCUCACAAUUGAAAUCUUAUAUUGCCCAUAGAGCUGAAGAAAUGUAUGUGUACAGGUCCUUGCCUCUUGGUCAAGAUCGUAGACGCAAUCGGUAUUGGCAAUUUGUUGCGUCUGCUUCCAGCAAUGAUCCAGGUUCAGGCAGGGUCUUUGUUGAAUUGCAUGAUGGAAAUUGGAGGAUUAUUGACACUGAAGAGGCCUUUGAUACCCUUUUGACGUCUUUGGAUGCACGUGGAAUCAGGGAAUCUCAUUUGCGCUUAAUGUUGCAAAAGAUUGAGACAUCCUUCAAAGAAAAUGUUCGUAGGAGUGUCCAGUAUUCAAGUACUACAGGCAGAGGUCUGACUGCUGUAAAAUGUGAAACUGAUGGCACAAAAUAUAGUCCUGAUUACCAUACUGGUUUUGACAGCCCUGGCAGCAUCAUUUGUGGUACGAAUUCUGAUUCAGAUAAUUUGGAAACAUCAACAUCUUUCAAAAUUGAACUUGGCAGAAGCGACUCUGAGAAGAAGGCUGCCUUGAAAAGGUAUCAUGAUUUUCAGAAGUGGAUGUGGAACGAAUGUUUAAAUUCAUCAACACUUCGUGCCCUGAAAUAUGGGAAAAAGAGGUCUGCACAACUUUUGGAAAUCUGUGAUUUCUGUAUCAUUUCUUAUUACUUUGAGGACUCCCAUUGUGUUUCUUGCCAUCAAACUUUUCAUACCACCAGCAACGAUCUAAAGUUCUCACAACACGUAAUUCAAUGUAAAGAGGAAAGAAAGUCAGAUCCUAGGAAUAUUCAUGUUUUAGAUACUUCUCUUCCACUGGGAAGCAGACUACUUAAGGCCUUAUUAGCCGUGGUUGAGACAUCAGUUCCACCAGAAGCUCUUCAUUCGUUCUGGACCUUAGACCAUCGAAAGUCUUGGGGUCGGAAUUUAAAUGCUUCUUUCUCCAGUGAACAACUUCUACAGAUAUUGACUAUAUUUGAGGGCAGCAUAAGGCGAGACUUUCUUUCAUCGACCUUUGCUGCAACGGACGAGUUGUUGGGGUCCCGCAAUUGUUCAAGUAAUGCUUUACAUGAUUAUUCAGACCACGGAUCGGUUUCCAUACUUCCAUGGAUUCCCCUUACCUGUGCAGCUGUGGCUUUGAGACUUUUUGAGCUUGAUGCAUCUAUAACCUAUCUACCUGAGGAGAAACCUGAACCAGCUGAGGAUAAGGAAUUUGGAGAAUACAUUAAGCUUCCUUCGAGGUUUACUCCUCAGAGCAAUGAUAAAGAUAUUGAACUGAACCAGCUAGACUACAAUGAAUAUGUGAGAGAAGAGAACUAUUCUCAGAAAAGUCUACAAAAUAAUUAUAAACGUGGGAGAGGGGGUCGUGAUCAAGCACGUGGUAAAAAGUUGCAGAAAAGGGCUAAUGGCUCUAAGUCUGCUGUGGCCCGGAGAAAUUCUAAUCAAGGAUUAAGGCAGCCAGGAAGAACACUUAAACAAGUGGGUGGAAGAGGUCGCCGGACUGUUCGAAAAAGAAGACCAGAGAGCAAGGUGGUUGAGGAGACAGUGCCUGUACAUAUGGUUGACAUUCACAGUAGUCCUGAGAGUGGAGGAGAAUCAACUAGAAAUUUCGGUGAAGAUUGGAAUUAUGAAAAGGUUGAUGCAGAUCAUUAUAUGGAUGAUGAUAACAUCAUCGGUGAAGAUGCAAUGGAAUCCGAUGACAAUGCCCAAGAAGAAGAAUAUGAACAAGGAAACUGGGAGGUGAGUUAUAAUGGUGUUGCCAGUGAUUGGAAUGGAGGGCUAAUGGACGAGAGCGAUGAGGAUGAGGAUGAGGAUGAGGAUGAUGCAGAUGCAGAUGCUUUCGAAGAGGAUGAUAAUGGCAUGGCAGAGGUUGAAGAAGAUUCAGAGGGUGAUGUUGAUGUGAGUGAGGAUGACGGCUCGGAUGAAAUACAACAUCCUCAAAAUAUUGAAGGCUCUGAUUUUUCAGCUUCAGAAGACUACAGCGAUUAAGGUGUCAAUAAUCAGGUGAUUGCCAGUCAACUUAACCCGUUGCUGCAUAAGAUUUUUUGUUGUGCAGCCUCCCUAGUGGCCAAUUUCGUAUUUAGGGAAGGGAGAUUGAGCGAGUUUCCCCUUGUUUUUUUUUUUUCCAAUUUUUUGGUUCACGAUUUUUAAUUCUUUAGUCAGUUGAUUAGAUCCCAGGAUAGAUUGCACUUGUAAUUGGAUAAGGAAAUAGGCAUAUUGUAUAAUCACGUAACAGAGAAAAUAUCAAUAGUUAAAUAUCUAAUAAAGGUUAAUCACCUUAUACUUAAAAAAGUUAGGAUGGUUGGUGUCUCUCUUCUAUAUUAUUCAUUGAACCGUGAUGGAAGGCUUUUUCUUUCUCUGGUGUUUCUUUUUUUUUUUUUAAAAAAAAGAACAUGUAAAUCUUUCCUUAAGAGAGCGUUCAGUACAAUAAGGUGGUGUUUUAUUUGAGGUAAUGGAAGAGAAUGGAAACGAAACAACUUUUAUUUUA